CUCUGGUCUUUGAGGCGCUUAUGUUGCGCUGAGAGGUUGCCCGAUGCUCGGCUCUUCCACUCAACUCUAGAACGCCUCAAUUCCACUUGAUGGGCUCACUUGACACUUUCUGCUGACGAGAAAAGCCCCUGUGACGAUUCAGUGUGUGGACGGGUUUUGUGAGGACUCUUGGAUUUACGAGGGAAAUGACUCAGUCAGUUUUGUCUUUCAGACAACCACCAAUGUAACACUGUUGUGACAGUGUUGCAUUCUCUCUACCUCCGAUCCUCAGUUCCUCUAUGCAUGACUUCAGAUGACAGAUAAACCCACGAGGGGAAACCCUUUCCUCACCCCAAAUCUCCCCCUUCUUCUGGACUCCUGACAGUGACACGGGUUUGCCACAACCUUAUCAUCUCAGUUCAGCUUUUGGCUCAUCUCCAGCAGAAGGACCAGCAAAGAGUUUGCCACACCUGGAGCUGCCCUUCCCCGCUAUUCAUCCUUUUGAAUAAUUAAGAAUAUAUAUAGAUAUAAUAUAUCUUGUUUUUGUUUUUUUUUGUUGUUGUUUUUUCUCCUGGUUUUUUGAGUCCGGUUCUGCCGGCCGUGUGAGUUUUUAAAACUGGGGCACGAUUCAUGGGAUGCAACCAUGUCGGAUCUUAGUGAGCGCAGGCCGGUCAACACGGACUAUGCUGUCUCCCUGCUGGAGCAGCUCAAGUUCUUUUACGAACAGAAAUUACUGACUGAUGUGGUGUUGCUGGUGGAGGACACAGAGUUCCCAUGUCACAAGAUGGUAUUAGCCACAUGUAGCUCCUAUUUCAGGGCAAUGUUCAUGAGUGGCCUCAGCGAGAGCAAGCAAACACACGUCCAUCUGAGGAAUGUGGACCCGGCCACCUUGCAGAUCAUCAUCACAUAUGCUUACACAGGCAACCUGGCCAUCAGUGACAGCACAGUGGAGCCGCUCUAUGAGACUGCCUGCUUCUUACAGGUAGAAGACGUCUUGCUGCAGUGCAGGGACUAUCUAGUGAAGAAGAUCAAUGCUGAGAACUGUGUCCGCAUGUUGAGCAUCGGCGACCUGUUCAGCUGUAGCGAGUUGAAGCAGAGCUCCAAGCGUAUGGUGGAGCACAAGUUCCCCAUGGUCUACCGGCAGGACGCCUUCCUUCAGCUCUCCCACGAGCUGUUGAUAGACAUCCUGAGCAGCGACAACCUCAACGUGGAGAAGGAGGAGACGGUGCGUGAGGCCGCCAUGCUGUGGUUGGAAUAUAACAUGGAAGCACGCUCACAGCACCUGUCCUCUGUGCUGAGUCAGAUCCGCAUUGAUGCUUUGUCAGAAGUGACGCAGCGUGCCUGGUUCCAGGGUUUGCCACCUAAUGACAAGUCUGUGGUGGUGCAGGGCCUCUACAAGUCCAUGCCCAAGUUCUUCAAACCUCGGUUAGGCAUGACCAAGGAGGAGAUGCUCAUCUUCAUGGAGGCCAUGUCAGAGACACAAGGCGAGUGCUAUGUAAUGUCUACAUCUGUGCCUACAACAAUAGUGUGUUAUAGCCCGCAGGCUGAGAAAGUGUACAAGCUCUGCAACCCCCCAGGAGACUUGCAGAAAGUGGGGACCCUUGUUACUCCAGACAAUGAUGUAUUUAUUGCUGGUGGACAGAUCCCUCUGAAAAACUCAAUCACCAACCAUGGCAAGAAAGGCAAGUUGCAGGCCGUUUUCCACCCAGUCGAUAGCUUUUUCUGGUUUGAUGCCCAGCAGAACACCUGGGUGCCCAAAACCCCCAUGCUGUGUGCCCGAACUAAGCCCUCAUUAGUCUACUGCGACGGCUACAUCUAUGCAAUUGGAGGAGAUAACGUUGGAGGAGAGCUAAACAAGCGCACAGUUGAGCGUUACGACUGCGAGAAGGAUGAAUGGAGCAUGAUGAGCCCUCUGCCCUUCACCUGGAACUGGAGCACUUCAGUGGUGGCGCAUGACUGCAUCUACGUGAUGACCCAUGAUCUGAUGUACUGCUACUUCCCCCGUGCGGACACUUGGGUGGAGAUGGCCACACGCAAGACCAGUCGCUGCUUUGCCUCCGCAGCUGCCUUUGGUGACCUCAUUUUCUACAUCGGCGGCCUUCACGUGGUCAGCAACUCUGGCAUGCGCAUGCCGACGAGCACCAUUGAUGGCUCCUCUGUCACAGUGGAGAUCUACGACGUCAACAAGAACGAGUGGCGCGUUGCUGCUAACAUCCCUGCCAAGCGCUACUCAGAUCCGUGCGUGCGUGCCGUGGUGCUGCUCAACUCAUUGUGUAUUUUCAUGCGUGAAACCCACAUGAACGAGCGUGCAAAGUACGCCAUUUAUCAGUACGAUGUAGAGCUGGACCGCUGGUACCUGCGGCAGCCUGUGUCUGAGCGCGUCCUCUGGGAUCUGGGCAAGGACUUCCGCUGCGCAGUGGGGAAACUUUACCCCUCCUGUUUGGAGGAGUCCCCAUGGAAACCGCCAACCUACCUCUUCUCCCCCGAUGGAGCCGAGGAGUUUGAGGUGGACGGGGAGUUGGUGACGCUCCCUCACGUAUAGCUCUUAAACCCUGCCUCCCCUACCUCGCUGACUAAACCAGGAGUCUGUACACUGAGGGAUGAACAUGAAGGGGGGGUGGGCUCCAGAUCUCUGCUAAUUUAAAGGGUUCGUCUGUUUCGUGGAGGGAUUGCUGGACUUGAAGCUGAUGCUGAUGAACAGUAGCAUUCAAACAAGCUGAGAGUGAGAAAAAUCCCCUCAGAUAUACUAGUAAUCUGAUCAUUUCAGUUUUUUUUUCCUUAUGUUGUCAGUUGUGACAUGUUAGAUAUUCUGUCUGUCAUACUGUUUCUACAAUGUGAUAAUCUAAACAACUAAUUUCAUGAGGAGGAUCAUGAUGCACUUAACUGGUAAACCUGUUAAAUUAUAAUGGAAACUGUACCAAAACUCCCCCCUCAGACCCCUUUCUACAUUCUUGGCUUCCCUUUUUCCUGUCCUUGUUUUCCUCUCUAUCAAUAUAGAAAUACUCUGCAGAAAAUCAGUGAUUGUGCUCUGAAGUCUCAGAAAAGUUGGUAAGAUUCAGGGUUGUCACAAUGAACAGUUUUCAUCUGUACAUUUUCACUUAUUUUCAUGUCAAAACCAGUUCUGGAAGUGGAUUUGAUAUCUGGGGACUGGAUGGAUGAUAUGAAGGUAUAAAGAAGUUUGAAAAGCGGUUACUCAGCUUUCGAUCAAACAAAUUCCUGAAGAGACUAAAUAGUUGGAGCUGAGACCUUUUUUUGUGUCAAAGCACUGAAUUUGGGGUGUUUAAGCCCAAAUAAACAUGAAAUAUCAGUUAACUCCAUCUAAGAAAGGCUGCUAUAUGAUGUUUAAUUCAAAUUUAGUCAAAUUGACUACAAGACAAGUAAAAAAAAAGUUUAUAAUUAAAAAGCAUCCUGAUUGGUAUAUUUUAUUGCAGUUGCUAACAUGCAAGUAUUCAAAACUAAAAUGGAUAAAAAAUAUUAAAAACAGGGA